CCGCUCCUGGAGCGAUACUUACGAGAGAGAGAGAGAGAGAGAGCUCUUGACACAAAAACUUUCUUUAUUGUUAUUACAGAUCAAUCUACAAAACCAUCACCAAAAACCCUAACCCCCCCCCCCCCCCCCCCCCCUCCCCCUUUCUCUCCCGCCUCUCUCUCUCGAGUGUACUCCUCCGAUGGCGAUUCCGAGAAAAGCUCGCAGUGGCGACGUGUUGGAAUCCGUGUCCUCGGUGAUCGCGAUGGUGUUCGUGCUAGUGGCGUGCGUCGAGCUCUCCGACGCCGUGGCCGUCGUCGACGUUUACCGGCUCAUCCAGUACGAUCUCGCCGGGGUGCCCUACGGAUCUCGGCUCGCGUCCCUCAACCACCACGCCAGCUCUUCGCUCUUCGGGCCAGGCACUGAUCUUUCCCGUUCUGUCCUUAUGAUUCCCAUCGGCGAAGUCAACAUGACUUUCAUUCGAGAAUAUAUUGGAAAAAGACAACCAUUGGGGGGUUUAAUAUUUUUACUUCCUCGGAUAUUUAGCCCUGAAAAUGAAGACGGCAUUGAUGGAGAUGAUGAAGAUAUUGGCAAAGACUCCAUGAAUAACAUAUUGGUGGAAUUGGAGCAGUUACUUGUACAUACCAAUGUUCCUUAUCCAGUGUAUUAUGCUUUUGAGGAUAAUAACAUCAAUACUGUGUUAGCUGAUAUAAAGAGGAAUGAUGUCACUGGCCAGCCUGCUACAGCAACUACUGGAGGAUAUAAACUUGUUGUUCCGGCGCCAGAACCUAGGAAACUUGCACCUCCUACUAUCACAAAUAUUCAGGGAUGGUUGCCCGGAUUGAAAGCAGAUGGAGAUUCAAAUCAACUCCCAACCAUUGCCAUAGUGGCGUCAUAUGAUACCUUUGGGGCAGCACCGGCUUUAUCAGUGGGAAGUGAUAGCAAUGGAAGUGGUGUAGUGGCACUUCUUGAAAUAGCUAGGUUAUUCUCUCUGCUAUAUUCAAAUCCUAAAACUAGAGGAAGGUACAAUUUACUUUUUGGGCUAACAUCUGGUGGACCUUACAACUACAAUGGAACUCAUAAGUGGCUGAGAAAUUUUGAUCAACGUUUACGGGAGAGUAUUGAUUUUGCCAUCUGCUUGAAUAGUAUUGGCUCAUGGGAUAAUGAAGUCUGGAUUCAUGUGUCUAAGCCUCCAGAAAAUUCCUAUAUAAAACAAAUAUUUGAAGGCUUCUCAAAUGUUGCUGAAGAACUACGGGCUAAAGUUAGUCUCAAGCACAAGAAAAUAAACAUCUCUAACCCUCGAGUAGCAUGGGAGCACGAACAGUUUUCCAGGCUGAGAAUUACAGCAGCAACCCUCUCUGAACUUUCUGUUGCACCUGAAUUGCUAGAAAGCACUGGGGGCCUGUUUGAUAACAGACAUUCUGUGAGUGACGCUGCAAUCAUUAGAAGUGUCAAGUUGGUUGCAGAGAGUCUAGCGAGGCAUAUCUAUGGCUACCAGGGAAAGAACAUUAAAAUAUUUGCGGACAACAGUAGUUAUGCUGUCAAUCCUUCUUACAUUGCGUCUUGGUCCAAUCUUUUGUCACGAACUCCUCGGGUGGCACCAUUUCUUUUGAAAAAUGACCCAUUAAUCAUUGCAUUGGAAAAGGAAUUAGGAGAACAUAUGGUUGAGGUGAAUUUACAGCAUGAAGUCCUUGAUGGGAUGUUCACAUUCUAUGAUACAACAAAAGCCAGGCUUAACGCAUAUCAGGUUGCCAGCGUCACAUUUGACCUGCUUUUGCUGCUAGUGUUGGGGUCAUACCUAAUUAUCCUCUUCAGUUUUCUUGUUAUCACAACAAGGGGUCUUGAUGAUCUGAUCAGUCUAUUCCGCCGCCCCCCCUCUCGUAAAGUCAAAGCAGCUUGAUCCUUGCGGUAGGAUUUGUAGGCCACGUCUUUACCCCGGUGCUCUGAUAACUGAACGCCAGCUUAUACUUGGAUGGAUGAGUUGGCCGAUUGGGUUCCUACUUUUUGUAGGUUAAGUUGUUCUCCACUAGGUGCUCAUUUUGGUGUCUUGACCUUCGGAAGAAGGAUGUGUCAUUUAUUUUUGUCUUUACUUUUUUGCCAGUCAAGAAAAUUAAGCUGCUUCAGUUUUGUUGAGAAUAGGUUAGAUAGCAACGUAUUAUACCUUCCAGGAAUUUUCUUUAUUUUGGAUUUAAAAUUAGAGGGCAUCACCCGGUGAGGGUAGACAAGAAGGGGUGUGCACUUUUAAGCGUCGGUGACUUUUGACUUCAAAAUUCCUCGGAGGAGAAUUCUCAGGCUGACGAGGCAUGACCCCGAAAUGUCAUGUAACACAGGCUGGGCACGAGGGGUACUUAUUUUUCAACGAUUGCAUUUGAUUAUCUAUUUGAUUUAGUCCAUUAUAUACUCAUAAA